AAUUUCUUGACGAGAACAUUCUGCACUGUUUAGACGUUUUCUUCUCUUUGCCAUGGUUUCAUUUGUAAUUCCCCAAGCGUUCAUUUCAAAAGUUGUGUUUUCAUAGAUGAUUCGAGUAGUUAAUUACCGGUUCCCUUAAAUCUGGUCAGGAGCUUAGAAAUCUGUAGUUUAAUCUGUUGCAAGUUUUAUGUGACACUCUAAUCCAGCGAAUCUCAAUUAAAAGAGGGAAGUGGCUGCUUCAGUUGGGCACGAGCAGUUGAAUCUGUUUGAUUUUAGAGUUUUCAGACCUUAUUCCACAUUGAUUUGAUUUGAGGUCUGAGAGAAUGCAGCUUCAAUACAACUAGGUAAUAUGGGAGCAUUGGAUUUGUUAUGGAUGCUGUCAAAGCAGUCAUUGACUGGUCUAGUAAUUGGUCUAGCAAUAUCAGACAGAUAUGCAAGUUUUGUUGCAAUUAAGGGUGCUUCCAUGCAACCUACAUUGAAUCCUGGUUCUAGUAAUCUAUUUGGAUCAUUGGAAGGAGACUUUGUUUUGCUGGAGAAAUUUUGUUUAGAAAAAUACAAGUUUUCUCGUGGUGAUGUGGUUAUAUUCAGAUCUCCAUAUGAGCGUAAUGAGCGAUUUGUAAAGAGACUGGUAGCCCUGCAAGGUGAUUGGGUAAGUGUGCCUGGAACACAUGAUGUAGUGAAAAUUCCCGAGGGUCAUUGCUGGGUUGAAGGUGACAAUCAAGCUCCAAGUCUUGACUCAAGAUUAUUUGGUCCUAUUCCCCUAGGGCUAAUGAUGGGUAGGGUUACUCAUGUUAUCUGGCCUCCAAAAAGAAUAGGGGCAAUUGAGAGACGAUUCCCAAAGGAACGCGUAUCUUUCUAAUGAUUCAAUGGUAUGAUUUCACGAGGCUAAUGAAGGGAAGAGUUACUCAUAUUAUCUGGCUUCCAACAAGAGUAGAAACGGUUUCAAUCUACAGGAUCGUUCAAUGGUUUGUGAGAAGGAACUCGGCACAUUUAGUGCCUCAUAGAGUCAGAAAAUAAUAAAUACGAGGAUACAUAUCAUACAUUCAUUGUUUACAAUAUGCAAUUAAGUAUUGUGGUCCAAAUAUUAAUCUGCAUUCAUCAGAUUUAUAAUUUCUGAUUUCCCCCACUUGUAUGACUGCAAUUCUCUGUGAAUGCAGUCAUACAUCCAUUUUUGGAAGUUUUGGACGUUUUGUUAUAUGAUUAUACUGACAUUAUUUACUGUGCAAGUGUUACCACGAGUAAUAACGGAAUUCUGAUUUAGGAAUAAUGAAGAAACCAGUGUUUUUUAUGUUUC